AUGAGGAACCUGCAAUAUACUAUCGUCAAUACCAAUGGGGCCCUUUCAUUCUUAGGCCCCGUCUCUACGUAUACACCGCAAGCCUUCCCGCUGGGUUCCAACCGGAGGCUCAUCGCCCCAUUCUGGGCAGACGUGGACACGACAGAAAACCACGGAAGAGUCUUCUACCGGCAGACGACAAAUUUAUCCAUACUGAACAGAGCUACGAGUGACAUUAGAGCGGCGUUCGUGUCACAGUCCAAGUUCACGGCUUCCUGGGCCUUCGUCUGCACCUAUGAUGACGUCACCUACUAUGGCGGGAGCUACUGGACUAAUACAAACACGUUCCAAGUGGUUUUGGUCACCAAUGGCCGCCAAUCGUUUGCCAUAUUUAACUACAAAGAAGUGACGUGGACCACAGGGUCAGGCAGUGGUGGCAGCAAUGGGCUGGGAGGAAUACCGGCACAGGUCGGUUUUAAUGCAGGCGACGGUUUUAGGUAUUUCUCAGUGCCCGGAUCAAGAACGUCCGCUAUCGUCGACAUAGAAACCACCACCAACGUCAACGUUCCCGGACGGUGGAUAUUCCGAGUAGACGACAUCGGUGUUGAAGCCGGUGGCUGCAAUGUGGGGGUUAAACUACGAAUCUCCCCUGUCAAAGGAAACGCGUUAGGAGGUACCGAGAUCCUAAUCUCUGGUCCAUGCUUUUUUAACUCCACGGGCCAGUUUCUGUGCAAGUUUGAUGACAUUGUUGUCCCAGGUCACUUUGUCAACACACUGAGGAUCGCCUGCUACUCGCCGCCAUUGUUUAAGGCGGGCAACGCGGAGGUGUCAUUGCACGUUUCCCAAAACGGUGGGCAGAAUUUUAGUGAAGGAAGCGCAUUUGUUCCAGACAUGGAUGCCAUAAAUGAUCCUAAAAUUGUGCGAGUUGACGAAGAAAAGUGGGACAAGGGACCCUAUGUUAUCCAGUGGGACCCGGCAGAACUUGUAGCAUCGACCUUGGACCUGGACCUGCUUUCUUUCAGUGAUGAAAAUCUGGAACUCGAUGAAAAGUGGAUCAAUAUUGCCACCAAUAUAUCGAACAAUGGUACUGUAGAGUUAGACGACCUCCUCAACAGGAAAGGAAACUUUGGUGACGUAGCGGCAUUCGGAGCUAUUCGGUUAACUCCGGCAGGUUCCGCUUCAGGCUCAAACUACACGGCAGCUGCCAUAUGGUCUGGUAUCCAUGUACUACAGUGGUACAUAAAUGCCUACAUAGCAACCAAAAUAAAGCAAGGCCCACAGAACCAGCGUAAAAGAAGUAUCUUCGACGGUCUAGCAGCAGCCGUGGACUCCGCGAAAGACAUGAUAACCCAAGGGGCACAAAAAGCAUGGGCAGACGUUAAAAACGAAGUGGCGGAGAGGUUCAGGGAUGUGAAUGAAAAGAUGUGUCAGUCUUGGUUCGACAGGGAUUCCGAGGAGCCGUUGCCUACAGAUCUUCCGCCGUGCCCCGGUAGGUUUCGCCAGGCCAGCAGAGACCGCGGUACCUUCUCGGAGGACCCCGCCUGUAGGAGGGGAGAUCCAGAUAGCUGUAGCUAUCAUCCUGGGGCGUCAACUUGUUUUCGUUCAAACGUUUGUAGUCGCUCUGGCGGCGGUCAGCAAUGCUGCUACAGCAGUAGAGGAUCUUUGCUCAACGUCGCCGAUGGUCAACUGGGCGGUGGAACACUGGACAGAGCCCACUACAAGGGCUGUUUCAACGGUGGGACGCUAGUCCUACCGUACGUCGGCCAUUUUUACCAUGACGUCCUACCGUAUUAUUACUGUUGCAAGAACUCAGGAGAUAAACAACUGUGUCAGGACACAUACAUGAAGAGACGACCCUCUGAUGAUGGAAGUGGAUAUCGCCCACCAAGACCAGCUGUCGGUAACGGCGACCCCCACUUCAUCACGUUGGACGGUUUGCGGUACACGUUUAAUGGAGCUGGUGAAUACACCCUUGUGAAGACCAACGAUGGUUCCUUUACCAUGCAGGGCAGAGCGGAGACAGUACAAAAUGCUGGCGGAGGGAGUCCCACCGCCACUGGGUGGACUGCGUUUGCAUUCAAAGGAUCAAACAGCAGCACAGUGGAAGUCAGGACUAGCUUGCUGAGAGUAAUCGACGUGUUAGUUAGCGGAGUCAGAAUUGACUUUGAUGAACUAGGAGAGAGGGUGACAAAUUACGAAGGUCUUCUUAUUGAACGUAACAUGAACACGUCCGUCACGGAAGUGGACCUUAUCAAUGAUGGUGUCUCACUCACUAUGACAUACGUAGCAGGGAUUUUUAAUUUCAUGCUACUCCUACCCGAGUCUAUGAAGAAUAAGACAGAGGGGCUAUUGGGUUCCUGGAAUGAUUAUAUAGAGGAUGAUCUGGUGGCGUCCUCCGGCGUCAUGUUACAACACAACUCGAGUACCAGAAAUAUUCACUACAACUUUGGAGAAACAUGGAGAACCACUUCUGUGACGUCCUUGUUUACAUACGGUGUUGGCACAAGUCAUUCCACGUACCAGAAUACCCGUUUUGUACCCCUAUUCGAGGUACCCCUCUCAUCAGCAAACACCACCGAACUCUAUCUUAUCUGUGGAGACAACGACCAAUGUAUUUUUGAUUACAUCUCAACCGGAAACACCGACAUUGCCCAAGCGACCAAGAGUACUGUUGAGGACUAUCUAACAGCUGUCACUGACACGGAACCAGUUGUGUUAUGUCCACGACUUGAGACGCCUCCCAAUGGCCAGAAGAAUGUAACCAGUGGUUACCAAGUUGGAGCUGAAGUGACCUUUGCCUGUGACAACGACUACAUUCUACAAGGAUCAGCCAAUAGAACUUGUCUUUCUAGCGGGCAGUGGAGCGGCGAGAAUAGCUCAUGUCAAUAUGUUGUUGUAUGUCCGCCACUUGAGACGCCACCCAAUGGCCAGAAGAAUGUAACCAGUGGUUACCAGGUUGGAGCUGAAGUGACCUUUGCCUGUGACAACGGCUACAUUCUACAAGGAUCAGCCAAUAGAACUUGUCUUUCUAGCGGGCAGUGGAGCGGCGAGAACAGCUCAUGUCAAUAUGUUGUUGUGCUAUGUCCGCCACUUGAGACACCACCAAAUGGCCAAAAGAAUGUAACCAGUGGUUACCAGGUUAGAGCUGAAGUGACCUUUGCCUGUGACAACGGCUACAUUCUACAAGGAUCAGCCAAUAGAACUUGUCUUUCUAGCGGGCAGUGGAGCGGCGAGAACAGCUCAUGUCAAUAUGUUGGUUGCUCUUCCCAAAACGGAUGCAUGAAUGGAAGUGACGUCAACGGCAAUGGCACAGGUUGCUUUUCCCAAAACGGAUGCGUGAAUGAGAGUGACGUAAAUGUUAAUGACACAGGGCUCGCCUUACACGUCAUAAUUCCCAUUGCGAUUGCGGCAGCGGCAUUCUUGGUGGUCAUAUUAACUGUUGUAGCGGUGUGUAGCUGUAAACGCCGUACUACAGAUGUGCCAUAACCACCAUCCUCCCCAAGCCAUCUACCAGUAGCAUCCCGACCUUCAGGGCGCCCCGAUUCUACACGAAUGCCUUGCAUGUAACGGAUACAGCGAAUUCAGUUGCCAAUGCAAACUUAAUCCCAUUAUAAUACCCCUAGUGGUUAACGCUGUAUCUUGUGUUUUUCUUUAGUCAAGUGUUUCAGCUACCAGUAUAUGCAUUUAUGUAUCCUUAUUAAC